UACAGAUAGACAUAGAACAGCCAUCGCGCAUUACCACAGCGUAGCAAAAUAUGGCACAAGCCAUCACGAAGUAUUUGGGCGACAUUGCCGUAAAUUUACUUCAAGAUUUCAAGACAACUGGAGGGCCACAGAUACAGAUUGACUUAAAGUGUGAAGAUUCCUGAACAUCUAACAGAUGCAAAAUGACUUCAGCAGGUGUGGCUCCGGAGUCUAUUUCUUCAUAUCAAGACUAUCCAUCCAAUCUGUCAUUGAUCAGUGACAGAUAUCCAGUAAUGAGAACCCCAAAGAGAGUGAAUUCCGCAGCAGAAAGCAACAACAGAGCUGUAAUAUCAGCUUUAUUAGGACUCCAAGAAAAGAUACGCAGACUAGAAGAGGAACGCACUGAGGCUGAAGGCAACUUAAAGUCAUUGGCCACGGAAACAGCUCAUUAUCGUGACUUGAUGAAAAGACAACGUGCGGUUAAGCAAACUUCAGAUAUGCCUGGUUCAAAGGAGACUCAAGAGUUGCAAGGUCAACUUGCUUCUGCAGAGAGUCGUAGUCAGUUGUUGGAGAAACAAUUGGAGUAUAUGAGGAACAUGGUACGUAGUGCUGAGCAAGCGAGAGACAGUGCCCUGAGACAACAAGAACUUCAGAGUAUGCAACUUACUGAGAAAGCAAGUGAGCAAGUUCGUGUUGAAGAAGAGAAAAUACGUGAGUUGGAAAGGGAACAGGUCAAAUUGAAGGCAACGCAAGCACUUGCUGAGAGUAAACUCCAAGACUUGGAGAACAAGGUAAAAGAAGAAAAACACCAUCGUGAAAUGCAGCAUUCUAAGGAAGCUCAUCUUCAGUAUUGGAAAGUAUCGGAUAAGGCGUUGCAAGGCACUUCAAAUAAGGUGAAGAAACCAAAGAAGAAAAAAGGCCCUUCUACAAGUAUUCCUGCAUCUUCCAAAGUACACGUACCUUCCCAUAGCAAACGGCCCUGCUCAUCAAGACACCUUCGAUUGAAAAUGGAAAAUGUUCCAUUUGUUGCUGGCAAGGCAGUCACUCCUAGUCAUAAUGUGAAUGUGAACAUGCAGAGUUUAAUUGCUCUGAUGAAAACUCACCAUUCUGCUUGGUGUGGGAAUGCAUCGGUGAAGAAACAACCAAACCGACUGAAAGCAAUGUCCAAGAAGUCUCAAGCUUUAUCAUCAGGAACUAGCAGUGACAGUGACCUGUCUGAUUUAUUGCUUGGAUUGCAAGAUGAGUUUGGGCAGCUAGCUUUAGAGCACCAGGAACUGACCAAACAAAUCCAGCAGACAGCAGAGCUGCAGUUGCAAGACCAACUAGAACAAGAACUUGCUCAAAUUUUCUCCAGAAUGGAAGCUAAGGGCGAACAGAUAAAUAAACUGAAAAAGCACAAGCAAAAGAUAGCAAAGAAAGUGCCAAAUUAUUCAGCAAAACCAAAGCUGGAAGGGAGAGGUAGACGAUCUCCUAGUGUACCGUCAAGGGAUGGUGAAGUGAAAGUUAUAACAACAGUUACCACCAAAGGCAGCGGAAUAAAGACUAAGUCAUUUAAAGUCAUAACCCCUGAUACCAAAAGCAAUCAACGUGUUCUUCAUAAUAUGAAGACAUUGCAAACAUCAUUAUGCAAAGAUGAUGUGACUUGGGAUUAAAUUUCGUAAUUAUUACAGUUCCUGAAUAAUUUGAAGUUCAUUGUUCAGGGUACAAAGUGGGUUUUGUAAGUGCUGGAAAUAAAAAUUUGAAAUUGAUUGUUACAUGUACAUGUGUCAGUGUUCCUGCUGAAGACAUAACACUUUUCGUGGCAUCUCAAACAUGAACGUAUGAAGUGCACAGUAUACUUUGUAUGUAAUUUUUGAAGUAGAAUCAGAUGUGUUGUAGAGGGAAUAAAUUUAUACCGUUUUGCCCCAACUGUACCAUUUGUCCCAACUAUUAGGACAUCCUUGAGUAUAAUGCUGCACUUGGAGUGGUCCAGCUGUGGUUAGUUCUUAAAAAGCAUUUCCUAACCUCCAAGUUUAUGUGGCAAAAACAUCAUAAAACUAGUUCCUGCAAGCAUUAGCUGCCGAUAUUCAUGUACUUGAAAUGACAACACAUGCUGUACCGCAAAAUGGUAGUUUGAGCUAUGGUUGGGCCAGCCCAGUCGUACCACUAUAAUCCUUACUUGUUAUAAUUUGGGUGUAAUAGUACAUAUAUCACACAAAUGUGUAAAGGAGUCAUGGCACAGAAAAGAGGUGACUUGUGAACUCAUUGGUUUUGCUCUAGGACACCAGCUGAGGUGUUGUCUUUGAUCAAAACUUCUUAGAUGGUUUGGCAAAGAUAUGACCACACUUUUUCUGUACUUGAUUCUUCAAAAUACAUGUACACCGGUGUAUCAAAAGGACAUUUUCAUGAUAGUGUAUUGCCACUAAAUCCAAGUGACUGGGAUAUCUGAACUAUUCCAUAUGGGAAACAAGUGUCUUGAAUAUUAUUCUUAGGUCGUUUUUAUUCAAUAUCAGAUAUUUGAAUGUUUGAAGGAAAUAACAAUUUUGUAAGUGUAUGGAUUUUAGCAGAAUUGAAUCUGGUAAUAAUUUUGGAAACUCGACAUAAAAUCUUUUAAAUAAUAGGUGUAGACAGCUGGUUUUGGAGUGUUCAGUGGAGAUUUUUCUUAUGUUUAUUUUGUUUAAAUGGUUUUCCUUGAAUGAACAAACUGAUUACAGUUUCCGACAAAUUGCAGACAUAUGAAGUGUAGAUUGCUUAGUUUCAUGUAUUCCUUUGCAACAAAAUGACAAAUUGUCAUUGUUACAAGGAAGCCAACUCCGAAUUGUAUACUGAAAAUGUGGGAAAUGAACUGUCUCAAGUUUGUAGCAUAUAUGGUCUAUGUAUUAGCGCAAUGACAAACAAUUAUUGGUUCCUAGCUUGCCUUUUAUGAUAAGCGUUUCAGUUUUUUCGGUUCAUAUGAAAUUCUUAUUACUGCCACAAGGUUGAGUGAGUACAUGUACAUGUACACUUUGAAAUCCAAAAUUGGUAAUUGGAAUACAUGUCCAGCUGAUUUGUGUUUGCCAUGAUAGGCCUCUAUUUAUUAGCCAUGCCUGUUUUUAUUUGUUGUAAAAAUGUCACGGUUGAUUUUUUUCUGUUCUUUAGAAAGAAUAGGUUAAAGAUUUUUUGCAUUUGGCUAAAAUAGAUAAAACAAGUCGUAACCUUAACGAUUUCAGAUGUGAUACUAUGUGGUAAUUGCAGCUUGAAUAAGCAUUUGUGAAUACAUCCAUUUAUCAUUAUAACUUUCAAUUCUUACCCUUCAUUUAACGCUAGGAUGCUACAACGCCAUUAUCCCACCUUGAGGGGGUUCCAGAGAAAGCAUCCCACGCUGCUGUAGGAGACAUAACAUCAAAGAUUAACGAUUAUGAUCGAACUUGAUGAGGUGGUUCAAAGUGCCAUUUGCAUAACAACAUUUUGUUAAAAGAAAAAAGGAACUAUUCUAGAUCAACGUGGGAGAUAUUUUUAGUACACAAAUUGAUUGAUUCCAUGUGUACUUGGAAAGGUUGAGUUAACUAGCAUGAUUUUUCCCGGAGGGUCUGAGAAACAUUCACCAUAAACCUAUCAGAACCAAGAACUGAGACGUCCCCUAAGUUCGAGUACAUGCAAUUUAGGAAACUUCUCUCCGAAAUCAUGUGUCCGGCUAAUUAAUUGAAUUACAGUAACUUAUCUGAAGGUAGGCCAACUCCCCUGAAAGAGUGUACAGUUGGUAACGACGCUCCCAUAAACGGGUGGUUAGAAGGAGUGUUAAAAGCA